AUGUCCAACAGCCCAAGUGCAACAAGCAGUGGAUCAUCAGAGUCGUCCUCUAGUUUUGUUCCUAAUUUUUCGUUUAUGACUGAUGCAUCCUAUCAGCAGCUGGUAGAUGACCUGAGUAUCAUCGACGAUCUUGAUGCUGUCUAUGGGAAUUAUAUCGACAACGAAGCAUUUGAUAAACAGGUUGCUGAUGUGGCAAGAAACGUUUCUUUCAAGCAUCAAAGUCUUGUAUCUUUCUUCCGAGAUGAAUCACGCUACGCAAAAGAACUCUCUCAAUUUCAAGAUUACUAUGCUACACAGAUCCAGAAAUGGAUAGAUAUUCCAGCCAACAGAGCAAGCCUUGCAAAACGCAAGGUGCCUGAGUACAAGGAGCAUCUUCAAAUGUUCUUUGAUGGAAUGAGCAUGAUGCACGCAGCACAUACAGCGUUUAUAUCUGAUAUGGAAGCAAGACUAGGGAUGUGGGGACCAACCCAGCUCGUAUCAGAUAUCUUUACCAGCCUUUAUUUGCGCAUAUUGGCAUACAAAUCCUUCUUCGACAAUUAUUCACAGAUUAUCGUAAUGCUGGACACCUUGUACAAAGGUCCUUCUUUUAAUAAAAGUAUUCAUGCAUGUGCAUCCGAAGCUAAUCAGUCGAUACACCCGCUAUUAUACUAUGUUCGACUACCAACAACCCGUUCUGUUACGUACUCUAGGAUUAUUACUCAGCUAUUGGACUAUACAGAACCUUCUCACCCAGACUAUCUGGGCUUAGUGGAUAUCAGACACAAUUUAAUAUUACUUGAAAAGGAGCUUCAUGAAAAGGUCAAUGACUGUCAAUCACAUCUGAUGGUGCUUGAAUGUUCACGAAUUAUCGAAAACUGCUCUGUUCCUGUUACUAUCGAUCGUCGCCUGAUUCUUCGAGCAACACUUAUCAAAGUCAGUUUGGAAAACCCGCUUUUAGUCAACGACACACGUACAUAUGUACUCUACAACGAUUCCCUUAUCUUCUGCAAAAAAGUCAAGAAUUUACGAAAAGAGCGUCUACAAUGUAAAGGCGUGUUGGAUUUAGUCGGGGCAACUCUCCGACCGAUCCCAAAAUCCCUCGUGGCCCAGAUGACAGAAGCACGCAAGCCGGUCUUGCCUGCAUUUUUCUCAAAGAAGCUUGAAGAGCCUCAAAGUCCACAAAUACCUGUUUAUGGAUUUGAGCUAGUUGUAAAUGACAGGAACUCUGAUGGACCCACCAGCCAGAAUUUCUCUUUUGCUGUUGAUUCUCUUCCUACUGUGAAUGGCACUGGGGUUGUCUAUCGACGGAGACAUGUGGUGAGAACAAAUACACUUAGUGAACAAACACUCUGGAUAGAUAAACUAGUCAAGGUUCUCCAGGCUGUAAACUCCAGCUGA